GAUCAACGCUAUCGGUCUGAAUAAGCCAAACGCAGUUAAACUAGAGCAUGCCCCGCACACGGCUUCUGGCUCGAUGCGUUGAAAGGGGAUGUUUUUUCGGGGUUUCGGUCUUCGCCCACCUCCGCCUUCUCUUAUAAAAAGGCGCAGCGUUUCUUUCUCAGGGCAGUUGAACUCUCUCCGUCCGUCAGUCGCUAUGUACUCAAAGGAUGCUCAAGAGAGCUUAGAGAGCGGCGGCGGCGGCGGCGCGCGCUGUCGCUGUAGCAACGGGCGGAGGAGCGCGAACGCGGUGCUCCUCAUCCAGAGUCUAUUAACAGUCGCUUGUGCAGCCUUCAGCCUCAACAUCUUCCUCAACCAGCAGCAGCAGAAGGAAAAAGGGAUAUUCAUGCAAAUGCACGAAUUAGAUUCAGAUGAGCUGAAAUUCUUUGCCAUCUGGAACCAGGAAGUGGAUCUGAACAACGAGAAGAGGGUGAAGCUGACCUGCUCAGGACCGUACAUGGUCUAUCUGUGGGCUUGUUUCGACAGUUUUAACGCUGAACCUGUUGCCAACCUGACAAUGGAACAGGGAAACAAAGUGUUCCACCUGCAGACCCUGCAAGACGGAGAGUGCCAUGAGAUGCAAAGUGUUUUCAUGCUCUCCGAUAAAAGCGAAGUCACGUUGAAAGUCAACGACGCCAAGGACUCUUUCAAGAUCAAGCUCUUCUUAGGCCUGCACUACAUGCUAGGAGCCCAGUGCUUCACCUAUCCGCUAUAGAAGCUAGCUUUUGGAUAUGAAGCUUUUUAAGGUGCUCGUUCUUCAGAAGAGCUGUUUAAAUGAUAAAACGAUGGCGUGGCCCUCAGUUUGAAUGAAAUAUCUCUCGUUUUCACCCUGAUUUGUAUUGUGGCGGUGACGCCAUAGUCAGACUUGCCCUGGACCGAAAAUGUAACCGUGAAGCUAAAGAGGAAGACACGGAAGACAUUUUUCCGUAACGGAAAAGUCUGUUAUUUUACCAUACCAUAUUAAAGCUUCCUGGCUCUUCGAGACGGACUAUUUGUGAAACGCCUACUGCAUCGCAGUGAAAAUGGGCGAAAGAUGUGGUUUUUGACCGCUUUGUCUCUUUGUCAGCUCAAAGAGAGCAUACCUCGCCACGAUCUGGAUUACUGGCCCCGCCGUAAGUGAAUGUAUCUGCUCUGCGGAAGGCCUUUAUCCGAAGUUACCAGCUGCAGAUCCUUUUGAAGCUACUUCUGAUCAAUGUACAUAGUACUGUUAUUUGAGCAGAAAUAAUGAAAAGAACACCCUCAGACAUCUUCCCGAUACAGCUUUCAAAUACUGACAUAGCAAUAAUGUUCUCAAUGUUUGUCGUUAUCAUUGUAUUUAUAUGGAAGAAAACUCCGCAUACGAAAGGAAAAGGGUGACAUUUUAUAUUUCAGUUUGGGCUUUGGAACAGAUAUGUAUUGUGAUUGUAAUACAGAAAUGAAUGUUGUUGUUGUUGUUGUUGUUGUUGUUUUUGUAAGAUGUUUAAAACAGUUUAAUUAUGUAAACUGUAUGUGAUCGAAUGUUUGAUGAUUUAUUCAAAUCAGAGUUAUUGGAUAACGCAAGGAGCUAAUCCACACUGUCAAGUUCUGAUAGUGCCCUUUCCCUUUAAAAGCACAUGUUGGAAAAUGUAUUUAUUGAAAUUAAAUUAAAGUGUAUUUUUUAUUUAAUCAAACCACUGCUAUAGUGAUGGUGGGGGGAAAAAAGCACUAAAGACCUCAAAAGCAAAAGCAAAAAAAAAAACCUGUAUCAUUCGCAUCUCAUUCAUUCACUCACUCACUCAUCAGAUGUAUUUCAAUUCAGUCUUUUCUUACAUUUUCAUCUCCUUUUUGUUUGUUGGACUUUGUUUAUGAAGCUUUAAUGUCUCACCUGCUCGUUCAAACCCCUGCUGCAGUUUCUCUAGCAAUGCUUUAUUUAUACAGCAGAGUUUGCACUUUUAUUUUAUAAAUAUUGU